AUGGGUAGAGGAUGUACUACGUUUCUCGUCGUUUCAUUAAUGACGUUUAAUGUAAUAUUUCUCUUAAUUGGUGCCGCAAUACUAUGUUUUGCCGUAUAUUGUUAUGUGGAUUCAUUAAUUCAAAGUGCAGUAUCUCGUUCUGGACAUGCCGAUAAAAUGCAGAACUUAUUAUAUGCUCUUAUCGGCCUAGGCCUGUUAACGAUUGUUGUGGCUGUUUUUGGAUGUUGUGGAGCAUAUCAUGAAUCUCGCUGCCUACUUGGAACAUACUCUAUUUGUUUAACUAUUAUGUUCGGAGUUGAAAUAGCUACAGCAGCCCUGUGUUUAGUAUUUAAAGUUGAAACGGAAAGAAGGAUUAUUCAAGCUUUAGAAAAUAUUAUAAUGCGAUUUAAAAAUGAAUCAGUUGAUGAAAACUUUGACAAAAGUGAUUCUUACCGUGAUUGGAUACAAAAAAGCCUUCAUUGUUGUGGUAUCAACGGAAUGAAUGAUUAUCCAGGAUUAACUGUCCCAUUAUCAUGUUGUAUUCCGAAGCAUCGAAAUUGUCCAGACAAAUCUGCCUCGCACACUAUAGGGUGUAAACAAGUAAUUAAUGAUUUGGUGAAAGAAAAAUUUCUCAUGGCAAUAAUCCUUAUUAUGAGUGUUCCAGCAUCAAAGUUAUUCGCAUUACUAUUUGCUAUACUUUUAUGUUGUUCAGUAAAACAACGAAAUGAGGUCGAAUAUACUGAAGUACAGGUGAAUGUUUAA